AUGAGGACUCUGAGCGUUUGCUUGUUCAUUGGGAUGAACAGUGAUAUGAGGGAAUUAUUAGCAGAGUAAGUCGAUGAUAUCUAUUUACACAACCCCAACGUGCGCUGGGACGACAUUAUAGGCCUGGAGGAUGCCAAGCGAUUAGUCAAAGAAGCUGUCAUCUACCCCAUUAAGUAUCCACAUCUGUUCACUGGAAUUCUGUCACCAUGGAAGGGUUUACUCCUGUAUGGACCACCAGGCACAGGAAAGACGAUGCUGGCCAAAGCUGUAGCCACAGAGUGCAACACAACGUUCUUCAACAUCUCCACAUCCAGUAUUGUGAGCAAGUGGAGGGGAGACUCUGAGAAGCUGGUUCGGGUUUUGUUUGAGCUGGCAAGAUAUCACGGCCCAUCCACCAUUUUCUUGGAUGAGCUGGAAUCAGUGAUGAGCCAGCGAGGGGUUGGCCAAGGAGGUGAUCAUGAGGGCAGUAGAAGGAUGAAGACAGAGUUACUUGUUCAGAUGGAUGGACUGGCACGAUCAAACGAUCUUGUGUUUGUGCUUGCUGCCUCAAACUUACCUUGGGAGUUGGACCAUGCCAUGCUGAUGGAGAAACGGAUACUGGUGGGUCUCCCAUCUGCCCCUGCCAGACAAGCCAUGAUCAGUCAUUGGCUGCCUCCAGUUAGUAACACAGGUGGGGUGGAGCUGCGGACGGAGCUGAACUAUGACUCGCUGGCACAGGUGAGAGAAACCAUGUGACUGAGGUAC